AUGACUAACGACAUAUCAAAAAAGAAAGGCAAGGGUUCAAGCGAGAAAAAGGCAAGAAAAAAGGUCAAAAGAAAGGAGACUUACGCUAUGUACAUCUACAAAGUCCUGAAACAGGUUCAUCCGGAUACAGGCAUCUCCGCUCGAGCAAUGAGCAUUAUGAACUCCUUCGUGAACGACCUUUUCGAGCGGAUCGCCACCGAAGCGUCCCGCUUGGCUCAGUACAACAAGCGCUCCACCAUCACCAGCAGGGAGGUGCAGACCGCCGUCAGGCUGCUGCUGCCGGGGGAGCUGGCCAAGCACGCAGUGUCCGAGGGCACCAAGGCGGUGACCAAGUACACCAGCUCUAAAUGA